AUGGCGUCCUGCACGCCGGGCUCCGCCUGGGGUCUGCUGCGUCGCCGUGUCCCAGGUGUGUGCCGCCCCCGGCCGCCCCAGGAGCUCCGCGCUCGCUCGCCGAGGCUCCCCGAGCUCGCGGUGUCCGGGCGGAGCGUAGCCGCGCUUAGCGGCCCAGGAGCGUCGGGCAGUGACCUCUACUGCUUGGAGCUGCUGCGGAGACGAGAUUAUGAAAGCUACUUAUGCUCCCUGCUGCUCCCUGCAGAAUCCCGACGUGCUGCAUUCGCAUUGAGAGCCUUCAAUGUAGAACUGGCUCAGGUUAAGGACUCAGUGUCUGAGAAACCCAUUGGACUGAUGCGAAUGCAGUUUUGGAAAACUACUGUAGAAGAUUUAUACCAGGACAAUCCACCACAUCAACCAGUGGCCCUUGAACUAUGGAAGGCUAUCAAAAGGCAUAAUCUGACUAAAAGAUGGCUUUUGAGAAUCAUUGAUGAAAGAGAAAAAAAUUUGGAUGACAAAGUAUAUCGUAAUAUCCAGGAACUGGAAACUUAUGCUGAGAACACACAGAGCUCUCUUCUUUAUUUAACACUAGAAAUAUUGGGCAUAAAAGAUCUUCAUGCAGAUCACGCCGCAAGUCACAUUGGAAAAGCACAAGGCAUUGUCACUUGCUUAAGAGCAACUCCCUAUCAUGGUAGCAGAAGAAAGGUCUUCCUUCCCAUGGACAUUUGUAUGCUGCAUGGUGUUUCACAGGAGGAUUUUCUACGGAAGAACCAAGGUAAAAAUGUGAGAGAUGUCGUAUAUGACAUUGCCAGCCAGGCACACUUGCAUCUAAAGCACGCUAGGUCCUUCCACAAAAAUGUUCCUCUGAAAGCAUUUCCUGCGUUUCUUCAGACGGUUGCUCUAGAGGACUAUUUAAAGAAAAUUCAACGAGUGGAUUUUAAUAUAUUCCACCCAACUUUACAGCAGAAGAAUACAUUACUUCCAUUAUCUUUGUAUAUUCAGUCAUGGAGAAAAAGAUAUUAAAAUAGUUUUAUGGCAUUGAUCCUCAUUUAUCAUGUUUACAAAUAUAAUGUUAGAGUUCUUGUCUACCUACAAGAGGAGUGGAUGCUAUAAUUACAGAGAAAAUUAAUGUAUUGGGUGGACAUCGGGAGACUCAGAAUGAACGAGAAGUUGCUGAAGACCUAGGGUGCCAAGAUUCUGCCACAGGCACUACUGCUGGCACCGCCAGCCCUGACACUCCACUGCACUGUUAUUGUGAAGUCAGCACCAGCAGGGGGCGUCAUUUCAGCUUGCCACUCUCCCAGCGGCCAGAGGACCUGAAGAGGAAUGCCUCCUUGCAUUACUCUGGGUAGGAAUCCGAGCGCGCUCAAAUAGCAUCGGAGUAUGUACACUGAGCAGCCAGACCUCAGCUGUCCAGUGCUGCUGGAACUAGUGUUUUUUGUUAGGGGCUUUGCAGAGUGGGGUUAACAUUGGGGGAGUGUCUGCCAUUGUGUAGAGGGCUUUAUGUAUCCUUAACAUUCUCCUCCCCUUUGAACAAGGAGACCUACUGGCAUGGUGGCGCAAGGUUGUCAGUUCAAGAUGAAGCUCUCAGUUCCUAUAAAGAGUCACAGUCCUGGAAGCCCUCUGGGGCAGUUCUGCCCUGUCUUGUACAUGAGAAUCGUCUUCAUGGCAUUGGGUUUGAUUUUGGUUUUAACAUCCCUUUAAACAACUUGUUUAAGGUAACCCAGAUGGUUAUUAAGAGCUGGAGCCUUAAUUUGACUUUAGGCCUAGCUGGUUUUUAAGCAUUUGCUCUUUGUUAAACCCAGUUUCACUCCUGCCAUUCAACAUGAAUAUGAUCAUGGAGCAAAUAGAAAAGAAGUCAGAAUGGUAUUCAGCAUUUAUUUAGGGAGUUCUACAUUUUUUUAAACUAGUUUACAUUGAGCUCAAUGAUAAGCAUUGGGGCAUGUGCUUUUAAAGGGGUUCUUGUUUGAUCUUACAAACCCUAGGAAAUGAACUUUUUAGGGUGGUGAAAAUUUUUAUUCUAAAAUAUAUACUCAUAAAAACAAAUUAUAUAUGCUCAUUGCAAAAAACAAAACUGUCAAUAUUGUGGGUAAUUGGAUCUGAAUGAAUGUCUUGAUUCCCAAGCAUUCUGACAGUUUCCUUUACCUUGCUUCUCAGGCUUGUCCCGCCCCCCACGCAUAUCCCUUCGGUGUUCUGGUGUGCUUGUUCUGCAUCAAUAUUUAUCUCUAGGUCUGUGGUCUCAGACCGGGCUCCCUUGUCUUUGUGCCUACUGAAAAAAAUGUGGGUUGAUGAUGGAUUACAAUAUUGUAUCUUUGUAAUAAAAUUCCAACUGAGAACUGCUUGCGGGCAAGAAUAUACUGUGUGACUUCCUGCUUAGAGCAAGUAGACUAAUAAAUGUACAAAUGACAGAAUUUGCAA